AUGGCGCCUUAUACAUACACCGAUAUCAAGGUCGAGGUGAAGGGUCAGAUUGGCAUCGUCAAAUUCAAUCGACCAAAAGCACUGAAUUCAUUCGGUGGAAACCUUCUUAUCGAUACCCUGCAUGCUAUCCGGGACCUGGAUGAAAAUCCAUUUACCAUCUUCACGGUCUUGACGGGUGAAGGGCGUUUUUUCUCUGCCGGCGCUGAUGUCAGGGCGCGACCUCUCGCGGACGGGCUUGAUAGUCUCACCAAAGUUGAACAGAAAGUCGCGCAUCUAGCCCGGUUUUCACUGAUGGCCGAACUCGUAAAAGCCCUAAUCGACCACAAAAAAGUCUUCGUUCUAGCUCUAAACGGCCCCGCCGUCGGCGGCGGCGCAGCCUGGUUCCAGGGCAUCGCAGACAUAAUCCUAGCGGCGGAAAACACAUACCUGCAAGUACCCUUCAGCUCACUGGCCCUAGUACCGGAAGCAGGAUCCGCAACCAACCUGUCCAGACACAUGGGCGUGCUGCGCGCGAACGACUUUCUCAUGUUCGGGCGGAAAUUGACAGUCCAGGAGCUGGAGCAGUGGGGUUUGGUGAAUCGUGUGUUUCCAGUCGAGGGGUUCCUUGACUCUGUGAUCAAGUUCCUGGAGACGCAGCUGGAUGUUAAUGAUGGGGCGAGUAUGAUGGAGAUGAAGCGGUUGCAGAAUGUUCCAUUGCGUGGGGAGAGGGUUUUGGCGCUUCAUAAUGCUACUGAUGCGCUUUCUGAGAGGCUGGCUAGUGGGGCGCCGGCUGCAAGGUUUCAGAUGAAGAAGGCUGAGUUGGAAGCGAAAUCGAAGUCGCGACUUUAA